CGGCAUGUAUGUGAGCAGGACAUCCCGGUGUGUGACGGCGCUGAUUGCCCAGACAGGAGACGAUGACUUGUGACCGGCUCACUGCUUCUCCCCGUCUCUGGGUUCCCUGCCUCCGGUGUCCCCAUUUUAUCAUCUGAAGGACACAUUGGCCGUAAACUCACGUCCUGGGCACUGCUGGCCGCAGAAGGAAACAUGAAGGAAAAUGUCGAGUCGAGCGGCGGAUCUGCCACGAUCACCCCCUCUCAGCAGAUUAUGGCGUCCUCGGCCGGAGCUCUGCUCACAUCACUUUUUGUUACCCCUCUGGAUGUUGUGAAAAUCAGGCUUCAGGCUCAGAGCAAACCGUUCAGUAAAGGAAAAUGCUUUGUUUAUUGUAAUGGGCUCAUGGACCAUCUAUGUGUGUGCGUAAAUGGAAAUAGUAAAGCGUGGUACAAAGCACCCGGCCAUUUCAGAGGAACUACGGAUGCGUUCGUUAAAAUUAUCAGAAAUGAAGGUCUGCGGUCUUUGUGGAGUGGACUGCCUCCAACACUAGUAAUGGCGAUACCAGCCACAGCGAUCUACUUCACGUGCUAUGACCAGCUUAGGGACGUUUUGAUUCCCAUAAUGGGGGGGAAUGCAGAAAGUGCUUCUGUCGUGGCCGGAGCUACAGCCAGAUUUGGUUCGGCGACCCUCAUUAGUCCACUGGAACUAAUCAGGACGAAGAUGCAAUCCCGACCUCUGUCCUACAAGGAGCUGAGACUGUGUAUUCAGAGUUCCGUGGCCAAGGACGGUUGGCUCUCGCUCUGGAAGGGCCUGGGCCCCACAGUCUUAAGAGAUGUCCCCUUUUCGGCAAUGUACUGGUUCAACUAUGAACUUGGGAAGAAGUGGCUCUGUCAGCGAUACAACACGCCAGAGGCGACAUUCACGAUCCAUUUCAUGGCCGGAGCUGCGUCAGGCUCUAUCGCCUCUGUGUUAACGUUACCCUUUGAUGUCGUGAAAACACGGAGACAAAUUGAAGUUGGAGAACUGGAGGUGUUUAAUAAUUCCCAGAAAAGAUCUACAUCAACUUGGAGAGUGAUGAAUACAAUAAUGGCUGAAAAUGGUUUCAAAGGAUUGUUUGCAGGUUUAAUUCCCCGUUUAAUCAAAGUUGCGCCCGCCUGCGCCAUAAUGAUCAGCACCUAUGAAUUCGGAAAAAAGUUUUUCCGCAAGUUAAAUUCCGAACAGCAGCUGAAAACCCUAUGAAGUUCAAAAGACUCA